UUAAGGCGCUCCUCGCCAGUUACGGUAAGGGACAAAGCUUUUAAGAAGUGAAAAGGUUCAGUGCUAACCAAACAGUGAGGAUUGUAUUUUCUUUAUAAGAUGAAGACUGUGAACCAUAGAAUCUAACAGGACUACAUUGUGCUUCUGUUUACUUUGACAUAAUUACUGCUUUCAUCUGUAACACUCACCUAAUUCCUGGGACAAUGAACCCGCUUCUGAAGUUAAUCCCACUUUUAUGUGGCUUACUUUCAAAGGUUCACAUCUGCUAUGGAACAAGAGUAGUGAGUGGUCAGACUGUUUGCUAUGGAGGAUCAAAACAUCCAUGUUAUAAAAUAGCUUAUUUUCAAGAUAUGUCCAGCAGGGUAGCAUUUAAAGAAGCCAAAAAUGCAUGUGAAAUUGAUGGUGGUACCCUACUCAGCAUAGAAAAUGAAACCGAACAGAAACUGAUAGAGAAACUUCUACAUGACCUAACAUCAUCAGGGUCUGGGGUUUCAGAUGGAGACUUCUGGAUUGGCCUGACCAGGAAUGGGGAUGGGGGAGCGCAGACUACUUUUGCAGCCUGUUCUGAGCUUUACAAAUGGACAGAUGGAAGCGUUUCUGAGUUCAGAAACUGGUAUUAUGAUGAGCCUUCCUGUGGCGGAGAAGCCUGCGUUGUGAUGUACCAUCAGCCAACUGCACAGCAUGGACUAGGAGGUCCUUACCUCUACCAGUGGAAUGACGACCGAUGCAACAUGAAGCACAACUUUAUUUGUAAAUAUGAACCAGAGAGCGUCUUGGAGAAAGAAUUAGGAGACAGAGCCGAGCCAGAAUAUGAAAUAUCGACAUCACGAGAACCUACUCAAAAAGACGAAUCUGGCAAGACUGAGGAGGAUGCGCAGGUGGUGGCAGCAAAAUCUUCAGGUCUUCUUCUUGUAUAUGUUAUAAUUCCAACAAUACCAUUAUUGCUGUUAAUACUUGUUGCUUCAGGAACCUGCUGUUUCCAGAUGCUGACCAAAAACAAACCCAGGACCAAAACGAGUGUGGACCAAUCUACUCUUUGGAUUACAAAGGCACCAAAAAAGGAGAACAGUAUGGAGGUGUAAUUAAAAUGAAGAAGAAUGAUUUAUUUUUCCAGCUUGAUAAAUGUAUUACACAAACUUCUACGCUUCCCUCAAAAACGAACCACAAGUAAAAUUGAUGAAACCUGAAGUAAAGAAAGAUUAUUUAUGGACAAUUUUUUCUUACUCUGAACUGCAAUUUGGCUGAAAGUUAAUUCUGCAAACUCAUUCCACAAACAUCAGAUGUUUCAGGCUAUUCUGUGGAUGUUACAUAGGACUAUUUAAAACUGUGAACUUCUCCUGUGUUUAUGGAUUCUGCAUAUUAUGUCUUGUAUUGUGUGUACUUAUUAACUACAGAAUUAAAGUUGACUGAAAGCCCCUCGA